AUGGCAAUAAUCACAAGGGCAAAAGCAUUUAACCCUAAUCUAGUGGGGAUGUUUCUGCACAAGAUACCCUAUUAUUAUAGUAGGACUCAUUUAUGUGACCCUGAUGCUUGUCAAUCUAUAAUUGAUAAAUUAGAUUUAAAAAACAAAUAUAAUAGUUCUAAAUUAGAUAUUGUUGAUAUUAAUCCUGGAUAUGGAUUAUUUUCAACCAUGUUAAAUUAUGAAUUAAAACCUAAAAAUCAUAUUUUAAUUGAAAAUAAAGAACGUUGUGUAACUAGUUUAUCAUCAAUAAUUGAUAAAUUAAUUGAAAAAACUGGUAAUAAUGGUAAUUUUAAAUUAUAUAAUAAAGAUUCAUUUAUAUGGUCAACUUAUACUGAUUUAAUUGAAAAUGAUAAACUUAUUCAACCACAAAUUAAAUCAUUUGAUAAUUUUCAUGAUGAAUUAUUGAUUAUAGCAAAUUGGACUGGGAAUAAAGAAGAAUCAGUUAUUGCUCAAUGGAUUAAAUGUUGUGGACAUAGAAAUUGGUUAAUGAAAUAUGGUAAAGUUAGAAUGAUUAUAUUUGCUCCUUCAACAUCAGCUAUGAAAUUUUUAGGUGAACCAGGAUUUAGAAAAAGAAAAAGAACAGGAUUAAAACGUGAUUUAUUUACUGAUUCUAAAUUAAUUGGAAUUUUAAAUUCAGAAAAAAUUCCUGGAUUAGGUUAUGAUCCAAGAGUUUUAAUUCGUGAUCAACCAGUAUUACUUGAAAAAUCAAGUGCUCAUAAAGGUGGAGAUUAUUCAAUAAUUGAACUUUCUCCAGGGAAAUAUACUACUGAAAAAAUAGAAAAUAUUGAUCAUAUUUUACUGGCAAUUUAUUUAACUAAUAAGAAAUUAAUUGAUAUUCUUCCAACUUUAGCUCCAGGAGCUAUGUAUAUGGCUAAAAGUUUACCAAAAGAAAUUUUAGAAAAAUGUCCUUAUGAAUUUACUCGUGAAGACAUUCUUAAAUUUUCUCAAGUAUAUGAAGAAUGGCCAUUUAAACCAUCAAUAGAAACACAAUAUAGUUAUGAUUUGUCUUAUUCAUAA